CUUAGUUUCCAGCGCAAAGUCGGGAUUCUGUACUGCCGGGAAAAGCAAGGUUCGGAGGAGGACAUGUACAACAACGAGAAGGCUGGGCCCACCUUUGAAGAGUUCCUGAACCUCUUGGGGGAUCGAGUCCGCCUACUCGGCUUCGACAAGUACCGUGCGCAGCUGGACAUCAAGAACGACUCCACCGGGACCCACUCCCUGUAUACCACGUAUCAGGACUACGAGAUUAUGUUCCACGUCUCGACUAUGUUGCCCUACACGCCAAACAACCGCCAGCAGCUGUUGAGGAAACGACACAUUGGCAAUGACAUUGUCACCAUCAUCUUCCAAGAACCGGGAGCUCUCCCCUUCACCCCGCGCUUGGUUCGUUCCCAGUUCCAGCACGUUUUCAUCGUGGUCAGAGUGCACCAUUCCUCCUCGGAUCAUACCACCUACAGCGUGGCCGUCAGCUGCACCGAGGACAUCCCGCACUUCGGGCCUUUCAUUCCCGCCGAGAACUGUUUCCUGAAGGGUCCGGCUUUCCGGGACCUCCUGCUCGCCAAAGUGAUCAACGCCGAAAACUCCGCCGAGCGAUCGGGCAAGUUCCACGCCAUGGCCACCCGGACGCGCCAGGAGUACCUCCGCGACCUGGCGCUCAACCACGUCACCACCAGCACGUUGGAGGCCUCGACUUCCCGCCGGCCUCUGAUCACUUUGCCGGCCGCCAAGAAACGGGAGAAGUCUAAAGUUCCUAAGGGGGCCGAGGCCCACAGCGCCGGCGCUUUGGUGUGGGGCGUCUGGGCCCGGGACGGGAGCAAAGAACCCAACAGCAAGACGUCGGAUCUCCGGUGCCUGCUGGGCAUCUCCUCUGAGUUUCUAGUCCUCAUUGAUGCCCGCGAGAAGAGAGUGGUUUUUAACUGCUCAUGCCGGGAUAUCUUGGCUUGGACUUUUUCGGAGAGUUGUUCCUUGGACCUUUAUUACGAAACUGGGGAUUAUAUUUGCAUGCGCGUGGACGAGGGCCAGGCUUCUGACAUUCGCGAUAUCGUCCACCGGCUACAAUUGGUGACCCGCGGCUGUGAGACUCGAGAACUGACUCUCUUACGGAAUGGCGUCGGCCAGCUGGGUUUCCAAAUGGACCACGAAGGGUUUGUCACCGAAGUGGAACGCUUCACCUUUGCGGAAAAAGCCGGGCUCCAGCCAGGGGCCCGCCUGGUCCGCGUGUGCGAAAGACCCUUGCCCGGCCUGACGCCCCCGCAGACCACCGAACUCCUGCGGACGGCGAAAAAAGUCACCAUCACCGUCGUUCCCCCGGAUGAAAACGGAAGACCGAGAAG